AUGCAGCUGGAUGCUGAGAGAAAUUACUUGGUUUGCCACAACGCGUUGGAAGUGCAGCAAGCGCUUGCUGGCGAGGAGGUGUGGCGAGAGAUCGCCCUUUGCAACGUGAUCGACUUGGAACAAAGUCUGGCAGCGCUUGCCCCUGAAAUGUCCAAAGUUCGAAACCUGAAACUCGACUCCUUGGCGUUAGAGGUCCACCACUUUAAGCUGCUGGGAUGUGCCCUCGACAGCCUCAUGUUCCCAGUUGAGACAGUUGAGACAGUUGAGAUCCUGGAUGACGAGGGGCCUGAAGGAUUUGAAGGGUCUGAGAUGAAUCUCUUUGAUUUCGAUGCUGAGACGACUGAGGCCAUAGAUGUCGAAUUAGGUCCGCAUCCACAAGCUGAGGCGACCACGCCUCCUGCAGUUUGUGCACUGGAGUCACAACAGGUCCGGUCAUUGCAGUCAUUGACCAUCCUGAGAUGUCCUGGGCCUUCCAGCGAUGCUUGGUCACCCUUAUGGCAAGGACUGCCACAGAGUUUGACCCACCUGAACAUCUCAGAAAAUAGUUUGAAUGACCAUGCGGUGGCUGCGCUCUGUGGUGCCUUGCGUUCCCGCGCCAUACAUCUUGCCAGUCUCAAUCUUCACGGCAACCGCUGCAAAGAUAUUCAGCGACUUGCAGACUUGGUAUCCAGAGGGCAGGUCGAGAUGCUUAACCUCUCGGAGAACACAUUGAAUGACAAGAGCAUCCAGCAGCUUUGCGAAAUGCUAACAGCGCCGAGCUGCAGACUUGUCAAUCUUUCACUUGAUGACAAUCGCCACAUUACGUCAGCAAGCCUUUCUAAGCUUUUUCAACUGCUACCCAGGACUCCCAUUCGCCACCUGGCACUUCGAAGAACCUCUCUAUGUGACAAGGGGGCAGCAGAAUUGCCAGCUGCCCUUGAGCGAUGCACUUUGAAGUCCUUGGAUGUUUCAGGGCAUCAUUUCUCGCUGGAACUGGUACAGGAGCUGCUGGCAGCCGUGGAACUCGCGGUUGGAGCUUGGUGCUUGACGAUGCUGCUCAGCGAAUCCAUUGGCGCACGUUUAGCCGCUUUUGCACUGCGCCAAGAUGUGCCAAGUCUCCUACCAAUGCGUUCAGGCACUUUUUGCUUCCGCUCAUUUGGCUCAGCCGGGCCUCCGGUUACGCCCAAAGGGAUUCGUGUGGCCGUGUGGGCUGGACUUCUUGCCGGAAUGCCUGAUAGAAAGGAGGCAGCAUUGAAGCUAACAGCUUCUGAGAAGAGCCUGAAGGCAGGGAAAGCAGAAGAGAGCUUGAAGGACUCAACAGCUGCUUUGGAGAUCUUGCGCGGAAUCGGGUCAGAUGGAGAGGGCCCGCUACCAGAUGUGCUGCGUGCGAUGAUUGAUGGCAAGCGCAUGCUCGCAGUCCAACUUGAUCAGGAACUGACGGAAGUUCAGGAGAUUGCGGAGAAGGAGAAGAACAACUUUGCUAAGGCCGCCUUGUUGAAGUGGGCAAUGGCAGCCAGGGCGGAAUAUCUUGAGCAAUUGCAAGCGGCAAAGUGGGGCCCAGCUCGGACAGCUCGGAGGCUGAAACUUUUGCGGCCGGCACUAGGCAACAGAGCCUGCAUUCCGGGCUUGGCCGGGCCGGGGCUGAUGGACGAAGGACGCGAGGGGCAUUGCAUCUCAGCUUCAACGACUCCGCCGGUUCCCAUCAAUGACAACGAUGCAGCAUCAGAAUGCUCCGAUGCCAUGGACAACUGUGAGGAUUAUCUAAGAGAUCCCCUGAGAGAGGAUGAGUUCAGCAGCUGCAAGCGAGAAUUGAGGCAGCUUCGCAAUCGGCUAGCCGCCAAGGACCAGAAAAUGUCAGAACAUCAUCUGGAAGUACAGCGGCACAAACUCAUCAAAAAGGAAAGUGCCAAGGUAGCAGGCGAGCUUCACAAAGCGCGAAGCUUGCUUCAGGAAGAGCAAGGUCACCUGAAAGAAAGCAGGGCGCAAGUGGAGCACUACAGAUCCCAAGCGGAGCAAUACAAGGCACAAGUAGAGCAGCUGCAAAGGGCUGCUGCUGAUGCCAGUGCUGCGAAUGCUGCUGCAGCAGCUGAGUUGAAACAUGUGAAGGCUCAUGAAGUCGAAUUGGAAGAAGAGCUGAAAAAUAGCCGUGCCACAGUGGAGGAUUUGCGUUCCAAGCUUGAGGCCCUUCGAAAGAGUCACGAGCAGCUAGAGGCCCAAGCGGCCCAAGCGGCUCAAGCAGCUCAAGCAGCCCAGGCAGCUCAAAGCGCUUCCAGUCAGUCACAGCUGAGUCCAAAGUUGCAAGGGUCUGCUGUCUCAGCUGCCCCAGCUUCCACAGCUUCCACAGCUUCGACAGCUCCGGCUGUCAAUGGCAAAUCUCCCGCAUCUGCGCGGCCUGCCAAAAAUAUCCGCAUGGUUCCGACCACUGGAAGCAUAGACUUGGUCCGUGAUCGUGUCACACGCUUUACAGAGUCGCCAGCGAGCUCUGUAGGUGCAGGCCCUGCUCCAUCCAAGUCGCGGGAGGUGGAGAUGCCCAAGAGUGGACGACAAAAGUCGGUUCUCUUCUCCAAUAUGGAGGGCGCUCACCAGUCAACGGUUGGGAAGGUGCAUCUCCCUGGCUACGGCAUCACGGACGGGGCCAGCACCUUGGCCAAAGUCCUUUUGUCCAGAAUCCAUUUCUCUGUCUAUGCCCCAGGGUACCGCAGGCAGCCGUAUCAGCAGAUGGGAAUGCCAAUGAUGGCGCAGAACGGCAUGCAGCAAAUGCAAGCCAAUCACAUUGUGCAAGUGCCUGUGCAACCGGCUGGUCUACCUGCUGGCGGGCACAUGCCUGUGCAUGGAAUGAACGUGCCGACUCAGGGUUGA